GGUUCUUGCGCGGUCUCUGGGAGAGCAUCUUCCAAAGCUGCCGCAGCACCAAGCGCUCGGGAGCCUGACGGCACCUUAACGACUAAGUGACCGACCCGUAACAGCUCUGCCGAGGGCUCCCCAUGCUACGGUACCGGGCAGGACUCAGCCUCCAGCCAGUAAACACAUCUGAUCCCACCACGCCAGAUUCAGAGAAGCCUUUAAGAAACUGGCUUUGCCAGAGACAGCAAAAAGAAAUGCAGCAUUGCCCAUUUUAGGAAACAGAGCAGAAUAGAGUCAUAUUUUGAGAUUCUGGAAUUUCAGGUUUCGGCACCAGCUGUUCAGCAGAACACAAUAAUGGAAUUAUCCCCGGGUCCGCACAAACGCCGUCGGCUACCUGGGAACCUCACGGCUGCGUGGAUGUGAUGCGCCAGGCCGCCACUGAUAUCCAGAGAGAAUAUUUUUCACGGGAAGAAGGCGUUAAAGUGAUGGGCUGAACUUAUGGGAGGAACUAGCAUCAACUCAAGCGGUGAUUCAGGGGCCGUUUGGAAGGCGUGAAGGCCUAGCUUCAGUAAGGGCAUGGCCAAAGCUUUCUUCAGGCUACAGAAGUUUCUUCGGCGGACCCAGUUUCUGCUCUUUUUCCUCACAGCAGCUUACCUAAUGGCUGGCAGCCUUCUGCUGCUACAGCGGUCUCGCCUGGUCGUCCAGCAAGGGUCGCGUGGGACCUCUGCUAAUCAGGCUUUGCCCGCUUCCGACGUGGUGAUGGGGGUUGGAAUAGGGGUGGACGCCAGGACUGUGCAAAACCCUCGCCCGAGCCCCAGGCUCCUGGCAGGCAUGGAGGUGCUCCCGGAGUCAGCUCUGGACCAGCGGCACAGCCCACGGUGGCUCAUGUCCCGCAACUCGGAGCUCAGGCAGUUGCGGAGAAGGUGGUUUCACAGGUUCAUCGACGAACAGGAACCCGCGCAAAUGAAAGGCUCUAAAGCGAUGGAGCACGCUGCUGAAAGCAAAGGAACCUACAUUGGAUGCUUCAGUGACGAUUCCAGGGAGAGGACAUUGAAGGGAGCCGUGUUUUAUGACUUAAGAAAAAUGACAGUAUCUCACUGUCAGGAAGCCUGCGCUGAGAGAGCGUACACCUACGCCGGCUUAGCCUACGGAGCGGAGUGCUACUGCGGCAACAAGCUGCCGACCGCCGCCGCGAAGCCGGAGGAGUGCAACAGCGAGUGCAAGGGAGAAAAGGGCUCCGUGUGCGGAGGCGUGAACCGGCUUUCCGUCUACAGGGUGGAGGAUCUGCGGGCUGGAGCAAAGCGACGGAGGAAUGUUAUCUAUCGAGGAUGUUUUAGAGCUCCAGAAAAUUUAACAGACACCUUUCCAGCCUCUUUGAUACAGCCCAAUUUGACGGUGGAGAUGUGCUCUGAAUUUUGCUCCAAGAAAGAGUUUCCGCUGGCCGUCAUCCGCGGGACGGAGUGCUACUGCGGCUACCCCACCCGGCGCUUCACGCUGCACGACGGGGCCGAGGGGCCGCGCUGCCGCCGGCCGCACAACGGCAGCGGUGGGGCCGCGGGGCCGGCGGCCGGCAGCCACUGCCUGGUCUACCAGACGCCGGUGCAAGACACCCGCUGCACAGAUAGGAAGUUCUUAACCACGAAAUCCAAAGGGUUCGUCGCUUUGUCCAGUUUUCCCGGGGCUGGGAAUACAUGGGCUCGCCAUUUAAUAGAGCACGCCACGGGAUACUACACAGGCAGCUAUUACUUCGAUGGAACCCUGUACAACAAAGGUUUUAAAGGAGAAAAGGACCACUGGAGAAGCAGAAGGACUAUCUGUGUGAAAACACAUGAAAGUGGCAAGACGGAGAUCGAGAUGUUCGACUCCGCGAUCCUGCUGAUACGGAACCCGUACAAGUCGCUGGUGGCGGAGUUCAACAGGAAGUACGCGGGGCACCUGGGGUACGCGACGGACAGGAACUGGCAGAGCAAAGAAUGGCCCGAUUUUGUGAACAGCUACGCCUCGUGGUGGGCAUCCCACGUCCUGGACUGGCUGAAGUAUGGAAAACGCCUGCUCGUCAUCCACUACGAGGACCUGAAACAGAGCCUUAUCCCCAAGCUGAAGGAAAUGGUGGAAUUUCUGAACAUGACAGUGACGGAGGACCGGCUGCUCUGCGUGGAAAACAACAGGGACGGGAAUUUCAAGCGGUCAGGUGCCAAGCAAAAGGAUUUCGAGCCAUUCACCCAGGAGAUGAAAGACCUCAUCAACAGAUACAUCCUGACCGUGGACGAGGCCCUGAGGAGAAGAAACUUCACGGGGCUACCCAGAGAGUACGUGCCGAGAUGACAGCCCAGCAGCACCCAGCUGCACUGAAAAAAUUAAGAAAAUAAGCGAUAGGAACGAGAGACAAGAGCUUUGCAGCGGCAGCAGAGACACUGGUGGAGCCUGCAGUGCCGCGCCGGCCCUCCCUGCCCGGGGUGCUCCCCAGGGCGCCGGGCACCCCAGGUCGGGUAGCAAGGGACAGAAACGGGGUUAUAAACCCUGGCCAACACCGCCGGUGUCCACCCACACGCGGGUGGGGAGGACUCGAGCGCCUGCAGCGCCGCUGGGGGAGCGGGGACCCUCCCACCUCACCGCCCGGGGCUUCGCUGCGCCAGGGCCGCGCGCAGACACAUCGGCGCCUCGGCACCCAUAAACACUUUUCACCUGA